CCUGUCAUUACCUUUUGCUUUUUCUCCAAACGAGGGAAACCCUAAAUCGGAAAACACUGUGCUCUUCCUGGACAAUGGGCUCAGAAGAAAUGGUCCCAGCCAUCGUGCUAUGGAUCAUCGAGUUCCUCACACGGCAGGACUCGGUUUCUACACUUGUUCUCAACAGCAUUCUCUCAAAUACCCAUAUCCCAAUUUUACCAACUCCACGCUUGAAGAAGACACUUGCUCUUCGCUCAAUCCAUGACGAAAUUGCCCAUGGCUCCGUUUCCUCUGAAACCAUUCUUGAUUCCCUAGAAAUCAUUGAACAAUUGGAUCAGAAGGAGAGAAUCAAGAUCCCAGACUCCAUGAAGCUCGCGUACUGCGCGGUGGCUGUGGACUGCACGAUGAAGCACUUGUGGGUUGUCGAAAGCAAACGCAAGCACGACCCUGAGAUGUUUUCCGGGGCAGUGAGGACGAUUUGGAGGGAAAGAGUUGACAAGUUGGAGUUUUUGAAGAAGAGCGAGUUGGUUACUGAUGAGUUGAGGGAGUUUAAGGAGGAGAUGGAGGCAGCUUUGUUGGAUUCGAAUGCGUGUGGAAGGUUGUUGGAGAAGGCUACGCGAAAUGAAACUUUAAGGCUGGUUAUGGAUUAUUUAAAGGAGGCUUUGGAUGAAAUGGGUCCUCCAUUUCUUGAAUUGCUUGCCAGAACUGAGAGGGAAAGGGAGGAGAAGCAAAUGGAAGAGAAGGAAAAGGAUGCUGAUAAAGUUGGGGUGAAAGCAAGCAGUGAACCAGAAGUAGGUGUUGCAGAUGGGUCUGCAAGGAAAGGUUGAUUUGAAGGAGUGGAGAAAUAUGACAAGAUAGCAACCUGCAUAAACCUAUUUUGUUAAUUUUGAUGAAGGGAUAUAUAACCUUAUAUAAUCAGAUGGAGAAACACCAAUCAGGGUCUGCUGUCUUGUGUCUUUUUUGGCUGAAGAUGUACGCAACCCCUAAUCUGCUACAUAACCUAGAUGCAUGUAACACUGCUAACGUGGUUUUGUGUUGAAGAUGUAUAUAACCCUGCAAAACUGUUAGUAGGGUGUUUGAUCAUGGCAUAUUUUGUCUGCUAGAUACUGGGCUUAUAGCAAGUCACUCUGGGUCUCAAUUUGUAGUUCUUGUCUGACUAUUUCCCGUGAAUGAAGUUGACAAGCUUAGACUGAUGUGAUA